AUGGCUGAGCCACCGAACUCGGAGGCUGAGUCAAGUAGCAACUCAUUCUCUCCCUCUUGGUCAUCAUCUGGACAAAACACACCAACCAAACACCCCAAAACAGCAAACGCAGAUCCCAAACGGCUCAAAAGAGGUAGAGAGAACUGCACCACCGCGACUACCGCCACCACAAACACAACCAAUAAUGGCAACACUAAACACCCAGUUUACAGAGGGGUUCGAAUGCGAACAUGGGGAAAAUGGGUCUCAGAGAUCCGAGAGCCCAGAAAGAAGUCUCGGAUCUGGUUAGGUACAUUCUCGACCCCAGAAAUGGCGGCGCGUGCCCAUGACGUCGCCGCCAUAUCCAUCAAAGGCAAAUCUGCGAUCCUCAACUUCCCCGAACUCGCCGAGUUACUGCCUCGACCGGCCACGUGCUCGGCACGUGACGUCCAAGCCGCAGCAGCUAAAGCGGCCUCAAUGGACCACCUGAACCCCCAGAACAUGUCGUCAUCAUUGCCGUCGCUGACGUCGUCCUCAUCGUCUUCGUCGCUAGUUUCAACCAUAACGUCGUCGUCGUCGUCGGACCUGUCGAUGGAGCGAGAGACGCCGGAGGAGCUACUGAGUGAGAUAGUGGAGUUGCCGAGUCUUGGGACGAGUUAUGACUCGAUUGAGUCGACAAGAAACGAUUUUGUCUUCGUUGACUCGGUGGGGGAUGGGUGGGACUAUUCAAUACCAUGGUUGGAUAGUGGGGCUUUUUAUGAACAGAUGGGAAUGGCAGAGAGUGUUAUGUCAAGCAGUUUUGAGGGCUUGCUAUGGCACCAUUGAUGCUUAGCUAGAAUGGUGUGUGUAUGCUUAAUUACCUUCCUUCCUUCCUUUCUUUUUUAUUUUUUAUUUUUGG